AGGGAAUCGAAUGCAGCCGACAGAGUAUUGAGAGGGAAAAAUGCCACCCACGGUGGCCAAUCCAAUCCGUCAACCAAUUUUUCCUGCCCCUCUCAAACAGACACACACACACACGCAUCAAAAGGCACUUAGUUUCCUCACUCAUGGGGCAGCUAGGAAGGAAGGCACUGGAAAAACAGUCACACACUCACACACAGCCCACACAGCUCACACGGCGCGCUCACCGAUCUCCUUCUUGGUCUUGUCCACCCCGGCCCACGCUAUCCACAGAAACACAGGCCAUGUACUCGCACACCACACCACACCAACACAUCGACUGUACACAACACACACAACACACAACACAACACAACACGACAGCACAAAACGGAACGAACAGGAUAUCCAUCCAUGCAUGGAACUCUAAGAAAUGAGGCAACAAGAAGCUGGUGGUAGGUUCCUUGGCCACCCUUGGCCACGUGACGACAAGAUGAAGAGAACUGCUGUCUCUCUCACUCCCUCCCUCCCUCCCUCCACCCCUUCCCUGCUCUCUCGAGGCACAUGCACAAACGAACAUACGGAAGUGCACAGACACACGGACACAGGCCAGCCCUUCAGCUGCCUCAUUCCUCCCUGCCUGCCUGCCUGCCUGCCUGCCUGCGUGUCCGCCUGUGGUGCAUGUAUGUGUCUAUCGAUCUAUCAUGAUGGGCGCGAGCCUCACCCUCCCCGGGCACUUCCUCUUGAAGUCGUCCCAAUCCCGACAGAAGAAGUCGACCAUCAACCGCGCGAUCUGAUUCGGAUACUCUGAUCGACACAGACAGAGCACAUACAGAGGAGCAAUGAGUCUCUCUCUCUCUCUCUGUGCGUGUGUGUGUGUGUAUGUGUGUGUGUGUGUGUCGGCAGGGGGGCCCACCGCACCUUCGAUGGAGUGGUGUGUGCCGAGUAGGAAGGGCACCAGAUGGAUGUUCGGUAUGAUCCCAGCCAUCUCGUAUUGCUGGUAGGGGGGCGUCAUGGCGUCCAGAAGGCCCGUCAGCAUCACAGUCGGCGUCCGCACCUCGGGCAGUAACGCCGCCACCGAGUGGCAGUCCAACGCCUGCACACAGGACAGGCACAGGUAUGCACAAUCAUUGCACCCACUACAUUGAGCGCACCGCACCUGACAGCCGUGUGGUGUGGUGUGUGCAUCCUCUGCUCUCCUUUCCUUCCCUUCCCUCCCAUCCUCCCUCCCUCCCUCCCUCCCUCUCCCUCUUGGCACCUGUAGAAUGAUGCCGACAUUGUUUGCGUGUGACGCCGUGUUGCCAAACACAUCCGACGCAUUGAGCAGCAUCAUCCACUCGUACGUGGGUAUGCCCGUUAAGACACCCAGGGGCUUCCAGAGGUACCUCCGCAGCCAGUGGAUGACGACGCGGUAGAUGCGGAGGAAGAUGGCGUACAGAUUGGGGUAGGGGCAGAUGCCGUAGCGGCACACCCAUAUGAGGGAGUGUAGGAUGCGGGGCACCAGGGGGUUGGGCAGGUACCAGCUGAUCUGGAAGGCGCACGUCAGCGUGUGGCCCCAAUUGCCGUUGACCAGGAACAGACGCUCCACCUUGUCUGGGUACGUCGCAGCGAACUGAACGAACACGCAAGAAAAGAAGAUGAGAAAGAAUGAAGCAGGCAGUAUCACCAUCGAUCGACAUCCCAUCCACAUGCCCCUUCCCUCCCUCACCUGCAAAGCGAUCUGCACACCGGUGCUCCACCCGCCCAUUCCAUGGAACUUGGGAAUGCCCAGAUGCACCAUCAGGUCCAGCGCAUCGUCAGUGAGCCUCUCCACCGAAAACCUGACAGCGUCGCACGGGUCGUCGCUGUCGAACUGCCCCCGAUAGUCCCACGUGACGACUCUGAAGUCGUCUGUCCACACCUCGCCCUUGCCGCCCAUGCUGGUGUAGAUUCGCUGGAGGGCGGUGUGUGCUGGCGACCACAGCAGGUACGAGCAGUUGACCCCGUUGCAGAGGAGGAUGGUCUUAUCGCCGUUGCCGAAGAUCCCGUACCGCAGGUUGAGGCCGUCACGCGUUCGGAAGGUGCCCUCCUCCUGCGGCCCGAGGUGGGACAGCAGCCUCUCUUUGAGAUCGUCGACAUCCUUUAUCGGGCCGCCGUCAAAGAGCUUGCUCUGCUUCAUGCCCUCCCUGUACCUCCGAUACCGCCGCCACACGAACAGGAUGAAGCAGGGCCACAUCAGCGGGUUGAUGACGCACGCCAGAGCAGCCACGAUGGCGAUGCCGAUGGCCGUCCAGGCGAUGGUGCUGUGGAUGUGGAACACCAGCAUCGUGUACACGUAGCGGUAAGCUCCCUUGAGCCAGCCAUUGACCUCAGGCGGUAACGCUCUCCGUCGCUCCGGAUCCCUGUGAUCCUCUGCAGUCGUGUGGCCGAGGCGCGAAGGGGACACGUAGGGGGAGGGGGGAAGGGGGGAGGAGAGCAACGACACCUCAUUGAGGCGGUCGGAAGGGCUGUCUGCAUCGGCGGUCGUCGCACCAGAGUCGGGUUCAGCAGGGCUCGUGUCAUCGCUCACACGCUGAGGUGGAAGCAUACUGUGCUCAUUCGACAUGUCGGGGUCUUGCUGUUUCCUCUCU